AGUAGAAUUUACGAUUUUGAUAAAUAUUUAGUUUCGUACCUUAUAUUUAAUGUUUUCUAAGGAAGAACUAUAAUGUUUUCGUAAGUUAUAAUCCCAGUUAUAAUCAGUAAAUGAUUGUUUGGAUAACAUCGUAGAGGUAGAAGGAGUUAAACAAACUAUAAGCCUGCUACAUAGAUACGUUUUAUGAUAUUUAUCUACGCGAAUGGCUUUGAUGGAACUGUUGUAUAAACACUGUGGGCUGCAUUGUCCAUACGAAGAAAACGGAUGUAAAUAUGUUUCAAGGCGUAAGACUAAAGAAGAAUUUGUGAGACAUAAAGAAACAUGCGAAUAUAGAAAACGUCCAAAGGUUAAUACCGAAUGUGGACUGGUACGUGAUUUAAGUAGCAGCUUUGAGACUCGCAGUACAAUAAAUGAACCAAAUGCAACAGCUAUUCUGUAUCAACGAGAAGAGAAUUUGAAAUGUAUAAAUAGGUUACCCAGAGGCAGAACAUCACCGGUAACAAAUAAAGAACCUUCCUUGCCUGAUCACUGGACAGAAAAUGUGAGGCGUGUUCAGAUUCAUGAUGAAAUAGAAAGAUUGGAGGCAGAAAAUAAAACGAAUAAAGAUGGACAUAAUCAGCAGUAUGUACCCGGAAGAUCACGCUCCACUAGCUUGACAUAUCAAGUUCCAGAGCAACUAGAAUCUGACGUGUUUCAUCCUGAAAACUCAGAUAGUUAUCCAGACGUAAAGGUUACAAUGGAUGCUAGAGCUUUGUUCCGUUUUAAAAGCAAUUAGUCUAGUUAACAUUUCCUGGAAUAUACGGCAGAAAUACAAAACAAUCAAAGAUAUCGUUCAUAGUGCUUAUAUUCUAACCUCGCCAAAUUUUGUUAUCUGUGGAUGCAAAAUGAAAAUUAUAAAGUAAUUUCCGCUGGAA